UGAAGUACCUUCACCAACUCUAAAACCUUACCAAUAUUAAGAUAAAUUCUCAAUACCAACCCCCCCUGCUCUGCGUAAAUCUCUCUAUUCAAUAUUUGCACACUUGGGUUGAGCCUAAACGCAGAAAUAAAGACACUGUAAUAACAGACAGAAAGAGAGCUGAGGAGCAAUGGCAUGUUCUUCAGUGGCGUUGGAGGAUGUGCCUUCGGUUGAUAUAAUGACGGAGCUCCUUCGCCGCUUCAAGUGUUCUUCGAAGCCUGACAAGCGUCUCGUUCUCAUCGGUCCACCUGGAUCUGGAAAGGGAACACAAUCACCAAUAAUAAAGGAUGAUUAUUGUUUGUGCCAUUUGGCCACUGGUGAUAUGCUUAGAGCUGCAGUUGCUGCAAAAACCCCGCUUGGGAUUAAGGCCAAAGAAGCUAUGGACAAGGGAGAACUUGUGUCUGAUGAUUUGGUUGUUGGGAUUAUUGAUGAAGCAAUGAAGAAGCCUUCAUGUCAAAAAGGUUUUAUUCUAGAUGGGUUUCCAAGGACCGUGGUUCAAGCAGAAAAACUGGAUGAGAUGCUCAAAAAUCAGGGCAGCAAAAUUGAAAAAGUUCUCAACUUUGCAAUUGAUGAUUCCAUAUUGGAGGAGAGGAUCACUGGUCGUUGGAUUCACCCUUCAAGCGGUCGGACCUAUCACACUAAGUUUGCACCUCCCAAAGUCCCCGGUGUUGAUGAUGUCACAGGAGACCCUCUAAUUCAGCGUAAAGAUGAUACCCCGCAAGUUCUCAAGUCAAGGCUGGAGGCAUUUCACAAGCAGACCGAACCGGUUAUUGACUAUUAUACCAAGAAAGGUGUUCUUGCUGAAUUACAUGCCGAGAAACCACCAAAAGAAGUCACUGUUGAGGUUCAGAAGGCUCUAUCAUCUUAGGAGUGUUUUUCUUUCCCUUUUCUUUGUUAUAUGCCCCUAUUUAAUCCGAUACUCUUAUCGGAUCGGCUGGUCAAUGGUUUUCAAACGCAUCUUUCUUGACACACUAUGAGCUCUCGAUUAACUUUUGAGUUCCUAGGUGUUUCAUUCUCCAGGAAAUAAUAGUUUGCCAUGAAAUGAUAUUUUGCAUGUCAUCAUGGCUGCAUUUUCAAGUACAUAAGAAUGGAUUUUAAAAUAUUCAACUUAUUUCUUUAUAGCCUCAUCGCUUAUAUCCACUAAACUUCUUCUCACGUGAUAAGAGAGUUGGUAAAUAUAAAGGUGUAGGUUGAUUGUAUCGCAAUAAUUGGUUUGCUUUAUUACGUGGGCAUCCAACAUACCAGCCGGAUGAUU